AUGCAACCAUGCGACUCAACAUCCUCCUGGUCGAAUAAGCGACGCCAUACAAGUAUGAAAAGUGACCGGCGCGUUAGAUAUAAGGAACAGAGCUUAACCUGUGUCCAUUUCCUGGAUCGCAAUAUGCUCAGCCAUUACCCGCCUCGGCCCCGAUUAACCCGGCUAGAUAACAAGUAUGGGUCUUUCCUUCCCUCGACUAGCAUUUCGCCAUCAUCUCCAAAUCCCAUGACAGGGUCCUCUCCCUCGCAGUCAAAUCCUCAACUCCGACAAGAGCACCCACCAACAUGCCUUGCAACCCACGUCGAAGAAACCCUUCACCUAAAAGACCUCGAACUGAUGAUGCACUGGUGCACAACAACCUACAAAUCCAUGGCAGGGGACACUGCCUCCGAACAAAUAUGGCAAAUAACCAUCCCCCAGCUCUCUCUCCGCUAUCCAGCCCUUCGCCAAGGUAUCCUAGCCCUCUCAGCGCUGCACCUUGCCUCAACAAGUACAUCUUCCCGACGCUGGCCGUACCUUGAAACAGCACGCUCGUACCAAGCACAAGCACUAGCAGGUAUCCAUAUCGAGGCCAACGAAAAUGCACCAGAAGCAGAAAGCCAAGCGACCUUCGCGCUGUGCUGCAUAAUGAUCGUAUUCACCUUCGGCUUCUGCCAAAUCGACAGCGAAAAUGACUCCGACGAAGAGCUGCCCGACGUGCUGAACGAGUUCUUCGAGGUAUUCCAGCUAACCCGGUGGUUAGUCAGCAUCUUGCUGACCUCGAUGGAACGCAUCACAACGGGCGAUCUGGACCCGCUCUUCCACCCCGAAGACCCGCUCCCAACAAUGCCGGACAUGUCGCGACUAGUGGUUCUCUCGCUACAACGACAGAACGACAUAGAGGCCAUGCGGGAUGCGACGCACCAAACGGAUCUGUAUGACUCGGCCAUCGAACAUCUCAGUCACGCGCUUGAGCAGUUGAUGAAGGGCGGCGAGCCCAAGGUAUUUGCAUUUUGGUGGAGUUCCCGUAUCCCCGCGGAGUUUCUAGAUCUGCUUGAGGCGCGUCGGCCGUUUGCGCUUGUUGUUCUGGCGCAUUAUUCGGUUAUUCUGCAUCAUCUUAGGGGUUCGUGGUGGAUGGGUGAUUGGGGGAAUAGGAUUCUGCAGGAGAUUGGGGAUAUUCUUGAACCGGAGUGGCAAGAUCUUAUUAACUGGCCGAUUGAUGCGACAGGGUGUUUCCUUCCGAGGACUGGGGCGUGCGUGCGAGUGGUAUCCCCGCUUAGCUUUUGA